CCUCUCUCUUCUCCCAGAGUCUUCUCGGCUGGCUCGGGGCACUUCUCUUGCCUCGCCGCGCGCCGUCUUCCCGGCGACCACCGACCGCCUUCAUUUGCCUCCACCUCGCCCCAGCACCUUACUCUGCUCCCGCAUCAGCAGGUGCGAAUCCAAUCUAGGCCACAGCCGCCGCCGCCGCCGCCGGCGGCGGCCUCCUCCCCAGCCGACCCCCGCGCUCACGGCCGGCGGCGCGUCUUUCUCCCGUGUCCCCUGCUAGGUGCGUCGCUACCUCAUUGUCGUCCACCCUGAAGGCUGCGGGGGACACCGCAUCCGCUGUCCACUCUGUGGCGUCGACUUGGGCCAGCCUGGCGUACCAGGUGUUCGACGUAAUUCCCGUCAGGGAUCUCUGUUAUGUUCUUGGCCAGACGACCAUCUGGGUUGUCUCAUUUUAGCAGGAUCCGUGUCCUUCACACCGUUUCCUGGAUAUUUCCACCAUCGAGGCAGGCACGGUUCUUCAGUGGCUGCAGCGACGAUGCCACCACAAAUUCUCCUGGCCGUCUGUCAGAGCUUUUCCGCCCGGUUCGGAUGGACAUCAGCGGCAUCAUCUUGCAAGCACUGGAACGCUCUAUGUGUUCGGAACCGUUGGUGGAGCUGGAGAGGCUCGACGUCGAGCUGGACCCUAUCGUUGUCAACUUGGUGGUCCGGGGCUUGUCGGACUCGGAGACAGCGGUGCGGUUUUACUGGUGGGCAGAGUCGCGCCCAGGAUUCGAUCAUAGCCAGUUUGCGAUAGCGUACCUUGUGAGCUUGCUGUUUAUGGAUGGCAACUUUGCUCUGCUGUCGGAGUUCCUAGGGAGAGUGAAGAGCCAGGGGGUGGCAUUGCAUCGGUCUCUUUAUCGGAUCCUUUUGUCCGGCUAUGUACGAGCUGGCAAGUUUGAUUCGGUCAUAGAGACGUUUGAUGAGAUGGUCAUGUCCGGUUGCCGUGAGUUUGGUGUCGAUUACAACAGGUACAUAGGUGUUCUAGUUAAGAAUUGUUGCUUUGAUUUGGUGGAGAAAUAUUAUGACAUGGCGCUUGCAAAAGGUUUUUGUCUGACUCCAUUCACUUACUCAAGAUGGAUCUCCGCAUUGUGUCAGUCAAAUAGGAUUGAGCUUGUACAGGAGCUUCUGGUUGACAUGGAUAAAUUAGGGUGUUCUCCAGAUAUUUGGGCGUGUAACAUAUACAUUUAUUAUUUAUGUAAGCAGAAUAGGUUACCCGAUGCAUUGCAGAUGGUAGAGAAGAUGCGGACAAAAGGAACCAGCCCAGAUGUCGUGACUUACCAAACAGUUGUCAGCGGUUUAUGUGAUAAUAAGAAAUUUGCAGAAGCAAUCGGACUUUGGGAAGAAAUGGUGAAGAGGGACCUGAAACCUGAUGUUUUUUCUUGUGGUGCACUGAUCUUCGGAUUGUGCAAGAAUAAUAAGGUUGAUGAGGCUUUUGAACUAGCUUCAAGGAUGUUAACACUGGACAUAGAACUGAGUGUCUGCAUAUACAAUGCCCUGAUAAGUGGCUUCUGGAGAGCUGGGAGCAUUGAUAAAGCUUACAAAAUCAUAUCAUUCAUGCGGACAAAUGGAUGUGAGCCAGAUAUCGUCACAUAUAAUAUCCUUUUGAAUCAUUACUGCACUAUAGGUAUGAUGGAGAAAGCUGAAAAAUUGAUAAGAAAGAUGGAAACAAGUGGUGUAAAUCCUGACCGGUACAGCUACAAUCAGUUGUUGAAAGGACUAUGCAAAACUCAUCAACUGGACAAGGCAUUUGCUUUUGUUUCUGAUCAUAUGGAAGUUGGUGGGUUCUGUGAUACUGUCUCCUGUAACAUACUGAUUGAUGCAUUUUGCAAGACCAAAAAGGUAAAAUCUGCAUUGGAGUUGUUUAAGGAAAUGGGUUACAAGGGAAUGCAAGCUGAUGCUGUGACAUAUGGAACUCUGAUCAAUGGUCUCUUCAGUGUAGGAUACUACAAUCUAGCCGAAGAACUUUUUGAGCAGAUGCUGAAUGCUCAGAUUGACCCUAAUGUUAAUCUGUACAAUAUUAUGCUUCAUCAUCUGUGUAAGGUUGGUCAUUUCAAACGCGCUCAGACAAUAUUCUCGCAUAUGAUUCAGAAGGAAGUCUCACCUGAUACUGUUACUUUUAACACGCUCAUAUAUUGGCUUGGAAAAAGGUCAAGAGCAAUUGAAGCCCUUAAUCUGUUCAAGGAUAUGAGGACAAGGGGAGUAGAGCCAGAUACAUUGACAUUCAAGUAUUUGAUUAGCGGUCUUCUCGAUGAGGGGAAAUCUACACUAGCUUAUGAGGUAUGGGAAUAUAUGAUGGAGAAUGGUAUCAUUCUCGACAGAGAAGUUUCUGAAAGGUUGAUAAGUGUGCUUAAAUCAAAGAACAAGUAACAGCCAAGUUCUUGGAGAGCUUUAGCCUCUAGAAGCCUUUCUACCUGUGCCGCCUCAGUGCACCUACCUUCAGAAAUCAAAGGUCCGAGCUUCAAUAGCCGAUCCUUAGCUGCUUUAUGCAUGUACAGUAGCUGGAUCAGACCCAUGGAAGACAUGCCUAAGUAGCAGUGAUGAGCUUAGUCAAUCCUAAACUCAUCACUGUGGAACUGCACACAGCUUUGCGGCGCUCCUCGCUUGAUGCAUGUACUGUAGAUGAAUCUCUCCAUGUCAGAGAUGCCAAAGUAGCAAUGGACAAGGUAAUCCUCAUUUUGACCUUCUGAUUUAUAGGCAUUGUCCUACCUUUUGUGAUGUAAACAGCGGGCAUCAAUUCUGAAGCUAAGUCGGUGCAGUUUGACAAGUCGUGCAACCGGACUAUCUAGGAUUUUCCAGAGCUAGAGUGCCAAGAUAAUCCUGGUUAUAGUACAUGAGAAUCUUGUCCGAUUCUGGCUGAAGACAUAUGACCAGAUAACUUACAUUGCCACAAACCAUGUGUGGUGUUCAGUGUGUCUGCAGCGAGUGUACUGUUCGUCCCAAUUUCUCAACAUUUUCAUGAGAAAAAGUCUGCAUGGUGGCUGACUUCAGCUGCGCGUGAGGGCAGGCAGAAACAAUAGCUGGUUCCCAUAAUAGUAACUUUGCACAUGGCUUCACAUGAGCACUAUGAAGAUGAAGCGUCUCCGAGGAUAGUGUUUGAUAUCCUCCAACUACGUGUCGGUAACUUCCAUAACAAGAGUCAAGAGUAGCACUAUAGAGUUGCUCGUGGUCCCAGCGUCUGACUCAAUGGACUAACAUUUGGGGAGUUGUACGUCGUUGAUGAGUAAAGAGGCACUUGGGUGUCGAAGGUGCAACGCUGUUCAUGGCUUAUGCUCACUUCACUUGCCAUGGGUAUAUAUUUUAUGGCCUCAUCUCCUCCGGGGGUGCCGGGUGCACCUCCCAGAACUGUAGUAGAUCCUGGAACCAGAAGAUGCCAGAUGUCUGAAGAAGAUUGCCAAGAGUUUUUGUUCUUGAACCAAAACGGUAUGUAUAGAAUCUGUAACCAUUUUUGAACCCCCUGUGGGGUGGAGGGUUUUGUCCAUUUUGUUUCCUCAUUUAUUUGUUUUUUUAUACUGGAAUACAAAUCCUUCAGUCUGUAGUGCUGAUAAGGAGAUUCUUUUCGGGUCUACUAGUGCUGUACGCCUACAGGCUAGUUAUGUUGUAUCUGUUGUUUGCCUGUACGGCUGUACAGUAUCCCCCCAUAAGACAUACACAUGAAUCAAAAACUCAAAUCAAUCGAAUUUCUGCUAGUAUGUUAUUG